GAGUUCGGAAAUUACCAGUUGGGAAAUUUUUUGAGAGGGAGAGAAAAAGGCGAUCGAUUAGGGUUUUUGUGUUCGUCUGAAUUUGAUAUAUGAGCAGAGUUAUGAGCUCGGUCGAAGCUGUGAUAACGUCAAUCCAGGGUCUAUCGGCGAGUCCCGGGGACUUAUCUGCACUUCACGAUACUUUGAAAGGAGCUGAGGAGUCGCUUCGAACCGAUACGGAGGUUCAACUCUCUACUCUCGACCAGCUCGAACCCUCGAAGCAUUCUCUCGGUUACCUGUAUAUCCUUGACGCUGUUACGUGUGGUCCAGUGUCCAAGGAUAGAGCUUCUGAUGUGGUUGUGUUGAUUGCACGGUUCAUCAACUCUUGCGAUGCUGGGCAGAUUCGUUUAGCGAGCGAGAAAUUUGUAUCUCUUUGCAAGAGAUUGAAAGACAAAGUUUUGGAGCUCAAAGAUCCCAUACGAGGGGUGGCGCCACUGCUGACAGCUGUUCAUAAGCUUCAGGUCUCCACCAAACGUUUGACUGCAUUGCAUCCAGAUAUUCUUCAACUAUGUCUGCUGGCUAAGUGCUAUAAAGCUGGUUUCUCCAUUCUUAGUGAUGAUAUCUUGGAGGUUGACCAGCCAAGAGAUUUUUUUCUCUAUUGUUAUUAUGGGGGAAUGAUAUGCAUUGGACGGAAGAGAUUCCAGAAAGCAUUGGAGCUUCUAUUCAAUGUUGUCACUGCUCCUAUGCAUCUUGUCAACGCCAUAGCUGUUGAGGCGUACAAAAAGUACAUAUUGGUGUCUCUCAUUCACAAUGGGCAGUUUAGUAACAGUCUCCCCAAGUGCGCUUCUACAGCAGCUCAGAGAAACUUUAAGAACUGGUGCUUACGUUACCUUGAAGUGGGUAAUUGUUACAACGAAGGAAAGAUCAGUGAACUAGAGGCAUUGGUUGUUGCCAAUAGCUCAGAUUUUGAAAAGGACACGAACCUUGGAUUAGUUAAGCAAGCGGUGUCAUCCCUUUACAAGCGGAACAUUCUGAGAUUGACUCAGAAGUACUUGACCUUGUCGCUUCAAGAUAUAGCCAACAUGGUCCAACUUGCUAGUGCUAAGGAGGCGGAAAUGCAUGUGCUUCAGAUGAUCCAGGAUGGUCAGAUACAUGCCCUUAUCAACCAGAAAGAUGGAAUGGUCAGAUUCUUGGAGGACCCUGAGCAAUACAAAACCAGUGAGAUGAUAGAGAUCAUGGAUUCUGUUAUCCAAAGGACUAUUGGGCUGUCGAAGAAUAUCUUAACCAUGGAUAAGAGCUUGUCAUGUGAUCCUUUAUACUUGGGAAAGGUUGGAAGGGAAAGACAAAGGUAUGACUUCGGAGACGAUUUUGAUACUGUCCCACAGAAGUUCUCCAUGUAAACAGCAAAAGACCUGAAGGAACAAAACUUGGCUCUAAGACAACCGUACUUGUGAAUCUGGACAACCUUUUCAUUUGUUCAUUUUUGUUGGUUAUGAAGUUUCAGAUUUUGUUUUUUUCACACAAUGGCCAACAUUUAGAGAAGAUCAUUUUGGAUCCGCAAAUCUUUAUGAGAGAAUUGCUUUUAUAAUAUGCUAAUUCAAAUCAAA